AUGUCGCGGUCCAUGCUUCUGCUGCCUUUGCUCUUGAGCUUUGCUCAUGCCGACUUGAUCUUUGAGGGGACAGUCUGGAGCGCUCCAACGCGGCUGAGCUCCUGGUCAGAGAGAUGGAUGAUGAAUGAUACUCUGUGGGACACGUACCUUGCAGUCAGAGACGACGAUCUGCAGCUGCUGAGGGAAAACUUCAACCAUUCAAGAUACUUGACAGUGAUCUUGUACUUCCCUACCUAUCUCGCCAGUGAGUUACAUGUCGGAAGCAAGGGCAUCGAUCGACUUGCUUCUGUUGUGGAGCACUUCUACAACGCAAACACGCAGGUCAUCUUGUUCUUUGGCCGACCAGACUUCGAUGACUCCGGUUGCGAUCAUUGCGAUGCUGAUAUUGUGCACGACCCUAGCUCGAGAGCAAGUUUCAUGGCCAACAUGAGAAGGGUGCUCCAAGAUCCAAGGAUCUUCGGUCAUCUCCAUGCUGUCUCUGUGUACUGGAUGGGAGCUUCACACUACUGCACCAACGAUCGUUGCAGCGAGGAUGAGAUCGCCAACCUCACCACGGCGCUGACUCAACUCAUCCACGAAGAAGCCCAGGUCCCCCAUCUCGUCCAUGUUGAUGGACCUUUCUGGGAGAGCUGUCUGGGGGACUGCCUGGCUCUCAACGUGGGGGGCUACACGCCGACCAGUCUCUCAGCAGGAGAUGGAGUUCUUGCCGAGUCUUGGACGCAGGGCACACUGCCCAACGGAGUGAGGAAACUGCUCCAAGACUCCAAGUUCUCGCCCAUUAACAUCACCCUGAUCUGCGACGUGCCCAACUGCUACAUGAGCGACAAGCUGUGCUCCACUGGGAGCGUAGAGAGCGAUAUUUCCACCUGGUUUGGCUGGCACAAGGAGCUCGGGCUGCGAUCCUGGGCUGUCUGGAACUUCGUCGAUGGCCCCGUGGGAGGGGCCAACGACUAUGGCGAUGUGAAGACUGACGGCAGCGGGCUGACGAGAAAGGGCAAGAUCUACAGCUCUUAUGCCACCCCUGGGCCACUCUCUCCGCCUCCUUCCACUCCUCCUCCUCCUCCUUCUUUAACUCCUGCUGCUGACCCUCACAGCUGGGGAUGGACUCAGUCUACUCUCCAGAUUGCCUCCUGCCACGAGACGAAGACUUGGAAGGAUGUUGUCCCGCUUGCGAUCAGCGGUCAGGUCUGCACGGGAGGGCUCGGGUCUCAGCUGCAGCCCGGCCUGUUUGAAGUCUGGCUAUGCUUCCAUGACCAUCCUUGCUCAAGACAGCUGCAAGCUCUCGCUCUCAGCCCUCUGACAGACGGCGACUACGGUAUGUGCUUCGUGUUUCAUGAGCAGAACAAGAGCUGGGUGCCCUGGGAGUACGGAGCAAAGUUGCACCUGUGCGAAUCUUCAUCUUCUCCUCGUGUCCCUCCAUCGGAUCAAACCCUUCCUGGGCCAACUCCUCCUGAGACUGCUGGCGUUCUCCCUGAAACUUCUCCUCCUCCGAUGUAA